AUGAGGGCUCUUUUGCCGAUUCUUGCGGCGAUUUUUGUAUCGUCAACACUGGCGUUUGAAGUGAGUUCAACAGUUCUAGACUAGAUCUCAAAAAAUCAGAAGUUUUUUAGUGUUCUCCUGAUGUUAUUCUUCGAAUGGCAACCAACAAACGAGAAAAACAAUUGGAGCGAGAAUGUCAUGAGCAAAAAACGAAUGUGGAUGUUUGCUCCACGAAAGAAGAUUUGGAGGCGGCUUGGAAGAAGUUUGAAGAAACUUCGUUGAAAUAUAAGGAAGAGGUGACAAAGUGUAGGAAUUAUGUGGAGGAGAAGAGUCGACCGAAGAGACAUCAUGAGGAGAAACAUCAGGAGAAUCAUGAUCAUCAGAAACAUCGGGAGGGAGAUGGACAUGAUCAUACUGGACAUAAUCAUAGACGUCGUAGACAUGGAGGUUUGUCUGAUCUUUGAGUUCUAAAAAAAACUGAAUGGGUUUUCAGAUGAUCCAAACGACACUACCAUUGAUCAUACUGGACAUAAUCACAAGAGAAGAAGUGUUGAAGGUGAGUUCUGAGACUUAUAACUUCUAGCAGCUUCGGAGAUCUGAAUUUUCUAAUUUCUGAUUUCAGAUGAUCCAAACGACACUACUGUCGAUCACACCGGACACAAUCAUAGACGUCGUAGACACGGAGGUUAGUUAAAAAUUUGAGAUUCAAAAAAAUCAGCAAAGUUUUUCAGACGAUCCAAGCGAUACUACCAUUGACCAUACUGGACACAACCACAGACGCCGUAGACACGGAGGUUUGGCUGAUCUUUGAGAUUCAAAAAAAAUCUGAAGGGGUUUUCAGAUGAUCCAAACGAUACAACCAUCGACCAUACCGGCCACAACCAUAAGAGAAGAAGUGUUGAAGGUAAGUUCGAAAAUCUCUGGAUUUUUCUAGUUCCAUCAGAUUCCCUGAAAUUAAAGUUUAACUUUCAGAUGAUCCAAACGACACUACCAUCGAUCACACCGGACAUAAUCACAAGAGAAGAAGUGUUGAAGGUGAGUUCUAGUCUGAUUUUUCGAAUUACUACAAAGAUCUCAAUUUCUAGAUGAUCCUAACGAUACCACUAUUGAUCAUACUGGACACAAUCACAGACGUCGUAGACAUGAAGGUUUGUCUUAAUUUUGAAUUCUAGAAAAUCAGCGAAGUUUUUCCAGAUGAUCCAAACGAUACCACCAUCGAUCACACCGGACAUAAUCACAAGAGAAGAAGUGUUGAAGGUAUGUUCAGAAAUCUCUGGAUUUUUCUAGAAGUUUAGGAUCAGCUUUUGGUUUAUGAUGAACAAUUUGAAGUGAUUUUUAAGAUGAUUAGAACUUUUAAAAGCUUCACCGUGAGAUUCUGGAAGUUCACAAUACAUUUUCAGAUGAUCCAAACGAUACCGCCAUUGAUCACACUGGACACAAUCACAGACGUCGUAGACACGGAGGUACAACCCUACCUCAUCUACCUUCAAAAUUCAACUAUACAUAUUUCCAGAUGACCCCAACGACACCACCAUCGAUCACACCGGCCACAAUCAUCGAAUCCGCCGCCAAACUUGCUCCACAAAAGGAACUCAAGAGCUCAACUCGCUGAACACCAAAUUCACUCAACAUUGUGAACGUGACAACAUCUGCCUGCCAUCCGAAGAUCUUCCAUCCGGUGCACAACAAGAUGAGUUCAAUCGAGUUCACAAAUUGCGUGCCACACAUUAUUCGGCCUAUUUGACCGAAUUGCACAAGUGUUAUGGGAAAUUGUGA